UUUUUUAUAGUCUUCUGUAGUGUCUCUAAAUAGAUUGAUAUUAUUAAUGAUGUUACUCUAAUCAAAUAUGAAUAUUUCUUAGCUAUAAAUCUCAGUUCCAGUUUGUGUCUGUUCUAUUUUCUUUAUGUUUUCAUGAGGUGAGAAGUCUCAAACAGAGGACACACAUUUUAAUAGUGAUGUUAAUAGGUAACAAAGUUGACAAUACUAGAUCUAUAUAGUGUUAAAAUUAGUUGUUUUAGUAAAUCUUUAUCGUCCAUUUAUAGCAAACACACCGAAUGACAGGAAUUCUAAAAAAAUUUUAAAGUCCUUUACUUGUGUAUUAUAUAAGAUAAGAGAGAGAGAGAGAGAGAGAGAUGUGCAGAAAAAAUAAACUACAUCGAAAUACUCGUAUUUGGUCAUGCGUUCUUGGCUUAACAACACCUAAUUCUACUUAUAUAACCCAUCCAGUACACUGGUCCACUUUGGAUUCUAUGUGUGCUCGCUGCUUAUAUAGGCCAAUGGAUCUUAAAAGGUGUUGUUUGACGCUAAAGCUUCGGUAAACUUAAGAAGAAAAAAGAAUUAGCUGGCUUAGAUCACUUAGUGAUAAUGAUAGUAAAACUAGGAUAAUCAAAUAAGUAAACAAGGUUUAACAAUCUAACCCCAGGAUCGUGCUUACAACGAGACCAAGAAAUUAAUAACACAGAACCCUCGAUGAGAAACUGCCAGCAUAAUAGCAUGCACAAAGCACUGUUAACUAAGUAAAUUCUACAAAUGGAAUAACGAGUUCAGUGUUGAAACUGUCAGAGGUCUUUGCUAGACUAAGUAUAAUAGCGCUGGAUGGCCUACUUAACCGAGGCCUGCGUAAAAAAAAACUACACAGCGGCCUUGACCAAACCCAUUCCUGGAUAUACAAUAACAGCAAUUUUAAAGCGUGUUGCACAACUUUGGUAAACAAUUGCCUGGCGAAUGUAUGCACAAGAAAUAUUGUGAAAUUCCGUUUAACAUCUGAAGAACGAGGGGGUCAACAUGAGGGGUAGAAAAAAUCCAAAACAAAACGAACAGGCGCCUUCAACCUUACCACCUUGCAAAGUCUGUGGCGAGCAGGGAUCUGGUUUUCAUUAUGGAGUUACCACAUGUGGUGCUUGCAAGGGAUUCUUUAGAAGAAGUCUAGUCCGCACAGAGCCUUACAUCUGCAUUGGUCGGGGCCAUUGCCACAUCGGACCUGAGACAAAAAGAAGAAAAAGUUGUCCGAAAUGUCGCCUGGAGAAGUGUCUAUCUGUAGGCAUGUGUAAAGAAGCAAUUAAAACUGGCCGCUAUUCACGUGUGAAAAAAUGUAACGACAUUCUGGAGAUGAUGACAUUCAAAAGUGAAAUUUCAAGUGGAGGUGAACCUCUUCUUGACUCGACCAACAACAGCUCUGAGUUGUCCAUCGUUGCUUCUCCAACACAAGAAAACAACAUUAAUGACUUGAUGCAUAACUCUGUAGCUCCUUCUAGUCAAAGUUGUAGAUCUUUGGUAGAAACGCUACUUCAUAGUAAAGAUUGUUUGCAAUACCCCAGUUCCGUAGAUCUGCAAUGUUCUUUGAAGACUUUAUUACCUAAAGAUCAUACUUUUGUUUUAGAGGAUGAGCAUGGUACGAGGAAAGUAUCGCCAACAGCUAGAGAAGAGCUGUUAGAUUCUGAAGAGGAUAAUCCCAAUAUACAAACCCAUCAACAGAAGCAGCAAUUUGAUUAUUGCGUUUCCUCAACGGCCGUAAUGCAUGAAAGGUCAUUUUCACCUUCAUUGUCUGAUACUACAGGAGCGUUGAAUGUUUCUCAGCUGUCACCAGACUGGUCACUAAGAACCACGACAGAAUCGUGUUUCUCAAAUCAAAAUGUUUGGCCCAAGACCCAUGAGAUUAGUUCUAAUUUCCCAGACACUCCAGAAAUUUCAAUGGAAACUAGAUAUCCUGAUGAGCUUACUGAUGUCCAUGUCGAUAGCUGCAGUCGAUACUUUAAAUGUCUGUGUAAAGACAACACUUGCAGCCAUAAUGUAUUGCCUGAAAGAGAGGCAACUACAACCGAAUCGUUACAUCGCAUUCAAGGUGAAGGAAAUUACACGAAUACAUCAAUACAGCCGGAGAGCUUGAGGCAGGAUACCUGGGUCAGUGAUUCCCUUAUCUGCGCUGAACAAAGACAUGGUAAAGAGCUCAAUGAUCAAAGAUGCUCUGCUAACACACAUUCGUCAUAUUCCAAUGCUGAAUCAUUUCUUGACGUCGCACACACUUUGAUUCCAACACUUUGGGAUUCCAAGACGGAAUCAGAUUGCCUUAUAUCAUCUAAUAAGGUGCUACAUGUUAGGUUUGACCACGGUCAACCUCACACCUUUACAACACAGCAUCGCGCUACUUCCAAUUCUUCCGGAGCUGGCGUUCCUCCAGAUGUUGUUGGUUGCUCAAAGUCGCCAAAGUCUCAUGGGGAAAAUAUGACAUUACCUCUCAACCAGCUUGGGUCAACAGAACCAAAAGAAAACGAUAAUUCGAUUAGAAGUGAUCCAGACAGAGACUCCACAUUCGACAAAUGCACUCGUUUAAGAAAUCUAAUCGAAAGCAACAAAAAUUUCCUCAGCCUCUGGACUCCUUUCAGUCUUAGCGAGGAGGAAGAGGCUCAGCUUCAUCCAGACUUUGAAGAUGGCGAACCCCAACGACGCCUAAGUGAGGAUGAUUUCAAAUACAAAAAUACUCCUCUCCCUUGGUGUGAGUUCACUGAGGCGGAGUUGGAUGACGUCGUACGGUCUUUAAAAUGCUCACACCGGAAGUACAUCGGAGUCGAUGGCAAUCAAUUGUCAAAAGAGCAGCUUGCAGAAAAAGAAAACUCGUUUCUGGAGUUCUUUAAUUUUAACAAGAAGGGAUCAAGUGACCAGCGCCCUAUCAUUGACAAAGAUCUCUACUACGAGAUACUGGAGUCCACCGGUCUGGACAUUGAUGGGCGUAAGUUCUGUGUGGAAAUCUGGGUAAAGAUCUUGGACGAAACUCUGAAAAAUACUAUGCGGUUCUUUCGGUCAGUGCCUGGGUUUAAAGAUAUCAACAUGGAGGAUAAAGUGAUCUUGUGCAAAGCAUCCUUGGAUGAGUACACAAACCUGAGCUUAUUCCGUGGGGUCAACCUGGAGAAGGACCUGCUAGUCCACGCAGAAAACAGAUUGGUUGUGCCAAUGAACUUUUUGGUGCAGAUCUUACCGGAUAUUGAGCAAAUACUUCAAGGCAUCAUACAGUCGUCAAUUCGACUCAAGGAACUGCAACUCACUUUCGAGGAGAUAUUAAUCUUGAAAGCAAUUAUUAUUGUUUCCCCUGAUCGUGAGAAGCUGAACGACUAUGAAAAGGUCUACAACAUUUACUGGCGACUUCACUGCUGCUUGCUGCUGAGUUUGUGGCGUCGGUUCGAGUCACCCCUGCGACACUAUGCUAAGAUUAUCUCCGUUUUGACCUACAUGAGGCAGAUCUCCGAGAGCAGCCGGGAGAGCUAUCAAAGGUUGGGCUCCGACAUCGUUCGAUUGACCCGUCACGUGGACGUUCCUCUUUUUCUGGAGCUCUACCCCAACAACAAGCGUUACAGCUAACAGAAUGGGCGCGCAUCGCUUCAGACAGGAAGUACAGCUAACAGAAUGGGCGCGCAUCGCUUCAGACAGGAAGUACAGCUAACAGAAUGGGCGCGCAUCGCUUCAGACAGGAAGUACAGCUAACAUAAUGGGCGCGCAUCGCUUCAGACAGGAAGUACAGCUAACAGAAUAUGUGCGCAUCACUUCAGACAGGAAGUACAGCUAACAUAAUGUGUGCACAUCGCUUCAGACAGGAAGUACAGCUAACAGAAUGUGCGCGCAUCGCUUCAGACAGGAAGUAGAGCUAACAGAAUAUGUGCGCAUCACUUCAGACAGGAAGUACAGAGCCUGAUACGUCAAACAUUUGUGUUCUUUAAGUAGACAGAGAAUAAGUUGUUGGUUUUCUUUGUCACGUUUUAUAUAACAGAAGUUGUUAAAAACAGAGAUAAAUGACGAGAGAGAGAGAGAGAGAAAGGAGUGAGGAAAAAGGAAGAGACAAAAAGAAAGGAAGAGAAUGAAAGAGAAAGAAAGAAAAAAAGAAAUCGAGAGAGAGAGAGAGAGAAAGGGUGAGAGUAAAAGAGAGAAAGAGGAAGAGUGACGAAGAAAGAGAGAGAGAGAUAGAGAGAAAGAAAGAUGAAUAAAGAAAGCAAGAAAGAGUCGAGGAAGAGAAAGACAGAGAAAAGAGGAAGCAAGAGAACAAUGAGAAGUGUGAGAAUACUAGAUACAAAUACCACAGGGAGAUAGAGAUGUGUAAGUGAAAGAGAAAUUACAUUGAUAUUUUUAUUACUUUUCCUUUUAUUGCUACAAUACAAAUGCAUCAAAUUCCUUACAUAAAUGUUUUAAUGAAAAACGAUAGUGAGACAUACAAUGUUAUAUUAACAUAGUGAGAAUGUCUUAAUGAAAUAAUGACAUAUCUUACAUAAAUGAAUAACAAUUGGUGUCAGUAGCUUGAAAAAAUAAAAAUUUAAUACAAUCUAA